UAAACACGAAACUGGCAUGGACGAAGAUGGAUCGCACGGCUCGGAUUCGCGUGUGAUGGAUUCUCGCAGCUCGGCAAGUCUUGCAGGGUCAUUCAGAUCAGGAGACGACCGUGACAUUGAAGAUUAUCAAGGUGACCAAAUGAUGCCGAUUGAUCAAAACCAAGUCAUUCAAGCCGUUUAUUCUAGGAUGAAGUCUCAGCCUACGCCACCGAUUGGUUGGCAGGCUACAUAGAUCCAGUUGCCGGAACGCGUCCAAAAGACGUCAACUAUGUACGAAGCUCGGCCAUUACUUGCAAAAAGCUUAGAGGCUGAUAUUUACUCUAGUGCUACUAAUCUUAAGCUGGCUGGGGAAGUCGAGAGCUGGCAAGAGGCGGUGAAUCACGCGAUCGAAUUCGAACGACGACUCUUUAUGCAGUCCCCGGAUAAGGUGAGAAGCCCCCCUCUGCAUCAUAGAACCGUCUUGGUUAACUUGAUUGACCAACCUCAGCCGACGUACGAGAACCUAAUGGGUCAGCGAUUCCAACAACUUGUAGAACAGCGGCAGGCUCGUGCAGGUGCUACGGUGCUCCUCUCCUCCUACAAGAAAUGCAAGGGCGAGGGGUCAAUUGUUCCUGCUGAGUCUGGAACAGAAGAUAUGGAACAUGAAGCAUCGUCGAGAUCAUUAAGUUUCACUGAGUUCCCGUCAUCCUAUGGGUAUACUGAGGCGCAAAGAUGGCCCCCCUUUCCGGAUCCCAGUGCAAGUUUUUCGCGAGAAGAUCUUCCUCAGGAGAGUGCCAGCGGCAAUCCAGCCCCGCCCCCUUCUAAUACCGCGCCGGAUUUACCAUCAACGCAAGGCUCACCAAAGGAUGACUUGGGCUCAACGAAUACGUCUACGGAAGCACUUGAACCGCUCGAGGAAAGCGCCUCGCCGGUCGCUGACUCGGAAGAGGAAGAGCAUGAAGCCGAAAGUAUCGAGGAUAAAAGCACUAGUGGUAGCCACGGCUCAUACAAGAAGGACAACGACGCAUUGAAAGCCCUUAGAAGCCUUGGACACGAUGCAACCGAUUGGCUUCAUCGCUUGGAUGACCUCAACAAACAGAUUGAAGAACGACAAGAAGAGUUCGACCAAUCAGUCGGUAAAGCCUCGCAUCCACGGGCUGAGGGAAAACCAGGAUCCCCAUUAAAGGAAUUAAACCAAAGUCUUGGACCUGACAGUAAACCAGCGGCCCGUCCCGACAGUCCAAAGGAUAUGACGACGGGUGAACCAGCAGGGGCAAAUAAUUCGGGAAUCAAUGUAUCUCCGCCUCCUAUGUCUACCGAAGAAGAUCGACAGAGGGAGCAGUAAAAGCAGCAGGCUCGCCUGAAGGAGUUGGAAAGGCAGCAGCAGCAGCAGCAGCGGCUUGCGCAGGCCAAAGAAUAUCGCGACCGGUUGGAGCGCGAGCAGGCCGCGGAGCGCAAGCGAAAUAA